AUGGAACACUCAGACGGGAACUGCGUGCGAGUUGCCGUCAACAUCCGCCCUCUGAUCACGUCGGAGCUUCUUCUCGGCUGCACAGAUUGCAUCACUGUUGUUCCCGGCGAACCUCAGGUGCAAAUUGGGUCUCAUGCGUUCACUUACGAUUAUGUUUACGGUAGUACGGGGUUGCCUUUGUCUGCAAUAUAUGAUGAUUGUGUAGCUCCUCUUGUUGAUGCACUCUUCCAUGGCUAUAAUGCAACUGUUCUUGCUUAUGGCCAGACUGGAUCUGGUAAGACAUACACAAUGGGCACCAAUUACACUGGAGGGGAAAGUUCUGGUGGAAUUAUACCCAGGGUGAUGGAGACCAUAUUCAAGAGAGUUCAGUGUAUGAAAGAAUCAAGCGAGUUUUUGAUUAGAGUAUCUUUUAUUGAGAUAUUCAAGGAAGAGGUAUUUGAUUUGAUUGAUACCAAUUCUUCAAGAGAAGUGGCUUCCACUGCAAAGUUCUCUGUACCCACCAGGGUUCCCAUACAAAUUAGAGAAACGGUGAAUGGAGGAAUAACACUGGCUGGUGUGACCGAGGCCGAAGUUAAGACAAAAGAAGAAAUGUCGUCUUAUCUCGCUCGGGGUUCGUUGUCACGUGCCACCGGGUGUACAAACAUGAACAGUCAAUCAAGUCGUUCACAUGCUAUAUUCACAAUCACUAUGGAGCAAAAGAAUGGUGAUGAUGUCUUAUGUGCCAAACUACAUUUAGUGGACCUUGCUGGUUCUGAACGUGCCAAAAGAACUGGUGCAGAUGGCAUGCGUUUAAAAGAAGGCAUUCAUAUCAACAAGGGUUUAUUGGCUCUUGGGAAUGUGAUAAGUGCAUUGGGAGAUGAAAGAAAGCGAAAAGAAGGAGGCCACGUGCCAUAUCGUGAUAGCAAAUUAACACGCCUACUGCAGGAUUCUCUCGGAGGAAACAGCAAAACGGUGAUGAUAGCAUGUGUUAGUCCUGCUGACACCAAUGCUGAAGAGACAUUGAACACUUUAAAGUAUGCCAACCGUGCUCGCAACAUUCAGAACAAGGCAGUUAUUAAUCGUGAUCCAGUGGGAGCUCAGGUGCAGAGAAUGCGAAGUCAGAUUGAGCAAUUGCAGGCUGAGCUGCUAUUUUAUAGAGGUGAUGCUGGAGGACCAUUCGAGGAACUUCAGAUACUUAAACACAAAAUAUCCUUACUUGAAGCAAGCAAUGCAGAGCUACAGCGGGAGCUUCAAGAACGUCGAAUAACUUGUGAGAGUUUAACACAACGUGCUUGUGAUGCUCAGGUUGAAAAGGACCAACUGAUCAUGAAAAUAGAAUCAAUUCGAAAUGGAAAAUCUUGGGAUGAGAUUGACUCAAAUUCAAAUCAGGAUUAUGACCUGGUGAAAUCUUAUGUGUCAAAGAUCCAAGAGUUGGAAGGUCAAUUGCUUCGUUUGAAAAAUUCCAAUACGAAAUCUAGUCAUUUUGUUGAUUGGGUUGAUUCCGAUGAUAGUGGAUUCGGGCCAAAGACUGAUUUAUUUGCAUGUGGUAAUGAGUAUUCAUCUGAUAGUGAUGCUAAAUCUUUGGACAUAACAGAUGAUAUGGAAGAUCAUGCAAAGGAGAUAGAACACUCUUCUCUUCAAGAAAAGUUGGAUAGGGAGCUCAAAGAAUUGGAUAAGAAACUUGAACAAAAGGAGGCUGAAAUGAAGCUGUUUAGUAACGCUGAUACUUCAGUUCUUAGGCAUCAUUAUGAAAAGAAACUUAUUGAGUUGGAACACGAAAAGAAGUUUUUGCAGAAAGAGAUUGAGGAACUUAGGUUCAAUCUUGCAAAUAUUUCAUCCGCUUCUGAUGAUGGAGCUCAGAAGUUAAAGGCCGAGUAUCUUCAAAAGUUAAAUGCUCUUGAAGCACAGGUCUCUGAGCUGAAGAAGAAACAAGAUUCUCAGUCUCAACUGUUGAGGCAAAAACAGAAAAGUGAUGAGGCUGCAAAACGACUUCAGGAUGAGAUCCAUAGAAUUAAAUCUCAAAAGGUUCAACUGCAACAUAAGAUUAAGCAGGAAUCUGAACAAUUUAGAUUAUGGAAAGCUUCGCGUGAAAAAGAAGUUCUCCAGCUUAAAAAAGAAGGGAGGAGGAACGAAUACGAGAUGCAUAAGCUGUUAGCGUUGAAUCAGAGGCAAAAGAUGGUAUUGCAAAGGAAGACAGAAGAAGCUUCCUUGGCUACAAAAAGGCUAAAAGAGCUUUUGGAAUCUCGAAAGGCUUCCUCGCGUGAAACUAUGGGUGGGAAUGGUCCUGGAAUUCAGGCUUUGAUGCAGGCAAUAGAGCAUGAGCUUGAAGUGACCGUCCGAGUGCAUGAAGUACGUUCAGAAUAUGAGCGUCAAAUAGAAGAGAGAGCUAAAAUGGCCAAGGAGAUCACCAGGUUAAAGGAAGAAACAGAGAUGAUGAAGCUUAACAGUACUAGUCUGUUUUCUGAUCGCUAAUUUAGUGAUGGCCUCGUAUCAAUGUCUCCGGGUGCAAGAAAUUCAAGGAUUUUUGCCCUUGAAAACAUGCUUGCUACUUCCUCUACAACACUGGUGUCAAUGGCAUCUCAGUUGUCCGAGGCAGAAGAGCGGGAACGGGUUUUCAGUGGCAAGGGACGUUGGAACCAAGUCCGGUCCCUUGCUGAUGCCAAGAAUUUGAUGAAUUAUUUGUUCAAUCUAGCAUCUUCCUCCAGAUGUUUAUUGCGAGAUAAAGAAGUUACCUGCAGAGAGAAGGACAUGGAAAUAAGAGAACUAAAAGAAAAAGUAGUAAGGCUAAGCUGUUCACUUCGACAAUUGGAAAUGAAGAAGGCUGAACUUAUUCACCAGUUGAAGUUGCAGACUGCAAAGAGAUACUCGGAAUCUGCGGGGUAUUCGGGAUAUUCUGACAUAAAUGUUGGAGGACAUCAGUAUGACUUGCGCAAGUUGGAAAAUCGACGAUCUACCAUCUUACUCGAGGAUAUGGAUAUAUCGGAUGCAGAAUCAGAUGAUUAUGAUAUAGAUGCAACUGAUGAUGAAUGGGUAGAGUCCGGAAAAUUACACUUCAGGAAAAGAAAAUCUAAAAGCGGACAAUUAAGCAUGGAAAAUAAUCAGUCAAAUAUCAGUUCAGAAGAUGUCAAAGAUAAUUCAACAGAAGAACUUGGAGGUACAUGUGUAGAAGAAACUGGAUCAGAUGUUUGCUGCUCUUGUAGUAAAAACUCGUUUUGCAAGACAAAUAAAUGCAAAUGCAAAGCUCUGGGCACAUGUUGUGGGAGUUCUUGUGGUUGCUUAGCAUCCAAGUGUGCCAACAGAGCAUCAGUCACAAAUGAGUCACAGGAGUUAACACAAUCGGGAUUGGUUGAAGGAACUGGAGAUGAUUCUGGUAUUGAGGAAACAGACAAAAAUCGCCUUCUUGCUGCUCAAGGUGCUGAGUUGCUUCAGGGUGCACUGGUUGAGAGGCCUGCUGAGGCAAACAGUGAUCAUGGGCCAAGAAAGCCCCUCUCCGAUAUUGGAAAUACACUGGCCAAAUCGAAUGCCCAGAAGGCUAAUCAGAGAAAGAAAUGGCGGAAGUCCACAUUAGUUCUUGUUUCAGAUCCGCCACCUUCCUUGCAGCCAGAUAAUUGUGAAGUCCCCAAGAAAGAAAAUAAUAGCAUUAGUGAAGCGGACGUAUCUAUGAAUAUACCACAGAAAAUGCCCUCAUCUAGACAUGAUAAUGCUCCGGUUGCCCCCAAGGCAGACAAUAAUUUUGGUGAGAUAGAUGUACCUUUAAAGAUACCACGGGCUAUGCGAAAGCAAGUUUCGUCAAAUGGGGGUGGCCUUCCACUGGGGGACAGGAAUGCUAGUAAGCCAGAUGAAUGUGUCAAUAAGAAGGAGCCUGAAGUUGCUGAAGCUAGAAGUCCGGUCCGACAAAAAAGAACACUUGAGAAAGAGAACAAUGGACGUUAAUCUUACAUCCAUUUCUUACCCUUUUAAGGGCAAAGCCCAGAUUUUAAGACGCAUGCCAUUACCAUACUCUUAUGGUGUAUCCGUUGAAGAUAGAAGAUUCCGUAGUGUAUGGGGUGACUAGACGUGUUUCAAAUUGAUUUUCGUUUGUCUUCGGCUGACGAAUAGAUUAAUUGGCGCUCUUUUCUUGGUUAUUAGACAUUUUAUGCAAGCGAUUUCGUGCUUGCGUUUUUUUAAUUAUCACGGCAUAUCCUUUGAGUGAAAUCAAAUCAAUUUGUAU